UUGCCUCCCCCCCAAAAAAGAGCAGCGCCCAAGCGUUUGAUUGGUUUAUAAUUUGUCCGAACGAACGCCCAUUUCGAAGAGAUCUCUAUUCAGAUUGGUGGUUUGUCAGACUCUAUUAAAACUCUCUGACGGGAUUGGUUUGGGAAAACGUCAGUCGCCUUUCAACGACACGCCAGUGGAUGUUCGAUCUUUUUUUCUGUUUUCUUCAGAUUGAAGAAACCCAGUAAUAGAUACAGAUGAAAGCCAAGGACUUCUACAAUUUAAAGUGAAAUUAUGUUUUUACCCAUCGGGCAGAAAAGUUUUACUCAUUGGAUUAACUUGUAUCCAUCCUAUUAGUAUUUAUACGCCAGCCAUCAGCCCAGCCUGCAGGGGGCACCGUGCAGGGGACAUGCUGAACUCCCCCCACACCCUCACUGUCAGUGCCUGUGCCUGGGUCAGCAGCUUGUGCCGGCUUGGAGAGAUUGGGACGAGUGACACCUUGGAGAUCCCAGAAGCCAUGUCGGUGAGCGUCCACGAGAACCGCAAGUCCCGGACCAGCACAGGGUCCAUGAACAUCUCCCUGUUCCACAAGCCCUCGCACCCGGACAGCGUCCUGACCCACCUCAACACGCUCCGCAAGCAGUGCAUGUUCACGGACGUGACGCUGUGGGCGGGGGAGCGCUCCUUCCCCUGCCACCGCGCCGUGCUGGCCGCCUGCAGCCGCUACUUCGAGGCCAUGUUCAGCGGCGGCUUGCGGGAAAGCGUGGACAGCGACGUAAACUUCCGGGACAGCGUCCACCCGGAAGUGCUGGAGCUGCUGCUGGACUUUGCCUACUCGUCGCGCAUCAUCAUCAACGAGGAGAACGCAGAGUCUCUCCUGGAGGCCGGGGACAUGCUGCAGUUCCACGACAUCCGCGACGCGGCGGCCGAGUUCCUGGAGAAGAACCUGCACUCCUCCAACUGCCUGGGCAUGAUGCUGCUGUCGGACGCCCACCAGUGCAAGCGCCUCUACGAGCUCUCCUGGAGGAUGUGCCUGGUGCACUUCGAGGCGGUGCGCCACACCGAGGACUUCCACGGUCUCUCCAAGGACAAGCUGCUGGAGCUCAUCCUCAGCGACGAGCUGGAGAUCGAGGACGAGCAGAUCGUGUUCGACGCCGUGAUGCGCUGGGUUCGCUACGACCUGGAGGCCCGCAGGGACCACCUCCCAGCCCUGCUGAGAGGGAUCCGCCUGGCGCUGCUGCCCUCGGACUGCCUCAUCGACGCCGUGGCUCGUGAGGAGCUGGUCAUGUCAGAUAAGAGGAGCCGGAAGAUCGUGGAAGAGGCCGUGCAGUGCAAGAAGAAGAUCCUGCAGAACGACGGCGUGGUCACCAGCCCCUGCGCCCGGCCACGCAAGGCGGGACACACCCUGCUCAUCCUGGGAGGCCAGACCUUCAUGUGUGACAAGAUCUACCAGGUGGACCACAAGGCCAAGGAGAUCAUCCCCAAGUCGGACCUGCCGAGCCCCAGGAAGGAGUUCAGCGCCUGUGCCAUUGGCUGCAAGGUCUACGUGACGGGGGGGCGGGGCUCGGAGAACGGCGUCUCUAAAGACGUGUGGAUAUACGACACGGUGCACGAGGAGUGGUCCAAAGGGGCGCCCAUGUUGAUCGCGCGGUUUGGCCACGGGUCGGCGGAGCUGGAGAACUGUCUGUACGUGGUGGGAGGUCACACGGCCAUCGCCGGCGUGUUCCCCGCCUCGCCCUCCGUCUCGCUCAAGCAGGUGGAGCGCUACGACCCCCUCACCAACAAGUGGACCAUGAUGGCGCCGCUGCGGGACGGCGUGAGCAACGCGGCGGUGGUCAGCGCCAAGCUGAAGCUCUUUGUGUUCGGGGGAACGACCAUCCACAGGGACAAAGCGUCCAAGGUGCAGUGUUACGACCCUCUGGACAACCGCUGGGCCAUCGCGGCCGAGUGCCCCCAGCCCUGGCGCUACACGGCCGCAGCCGUGCUCGGCAGCCAGAUCUUCAUCAUGGGCGGCGACACCGAGUUCACCGCCGCCUCGGCGUACCGCUACGACUGCGAGACCAACCAGUGGACAAGGGUGGGGGACAUGACCUCCAAGAGGAUGAGCUGCCACGCCGUGGCGUCCGGGAACAAGCUGUACGUGGUGGGGGGCUACUUUGGGACGCAGCGCUGCAAGACGCUGGACUGCUACGACCCGUCGGACUCCUGGAACAGCAUCACCACCGUGCCUUACUCUCUCAUCCCCACGGCCUUCGUCAGCACCUGGAAACACCUGCCUGCCUAGCACAGACCAGGAGGC